AGCCUUGCACCAUGUGCCCUCUGUGAUCAUUCACAGAUUUCACACGUAGUAAGCAAUGAUGUCACAAGUGACAUCUUGCUUACUACUUUGCAUGUGAUCACUGAUUGGCCAAUCAGUGAUCACAUGAUCAGGACCUUGUACAGAGGUCCCGUCCGACGAUCGGUGUUUCACUGUGUCCGGAGGACACAGCGGGCACCGGAUCGCGGUGCUGAGCUCUCCCAGGGAGCGCGCACAAGCAGGGUGCGGGGAGGCUGUUUAUAAACGGCCACCCGACCCUGCACUGCCACCGCCCGGC